GGACAAAGUCGUCUCUCUCUCUCUCUAUCACUUGUUCACUCUUCAGGCUUCACAGUACUACUACGACUACACAUUCACUGCACUUGCAAAGCCAUGUCUAUGGCUUCUUCAGAAGGAACAUGUUUGGAUCAAAGUGUAUCAGAAAAAGUUAUCUCUUUAUACAAUUCACUUCCAAAGAAAGGCAAACCACAAGGUCGUGAAGUCACUGUUUUGGCCGCUUUUCUUCUCUCUUCUCCUUCCAAUGAAUUGAAGGUGGUUGCACUUGGAACUGGAACAAAGUGUAUUGGACGCUCUAUGUUACGUCCUUAUGGUGAUGUUGUUCAUGAUUCUCAUGCUGAAGUUAUUGCUAGAAGAGCUUUGAUCAGGUUCUUCUAUACACAGAUUCAACGUCUAUCUGAACCAAGUAGCAAAUCUGCACCUAGCAAUGGAGCAAAACGGUUCAAAGUUGAUGAUAACAACUUAGCAUUCGAGGUGGACGAAGGGUGUCUUGACAAACGGAAAUAUACCUUAAGAAGUGGUUGGAAAUUACAUAUGUAUAUAUCACAAUUACCAUGUGGAGAUGCUUCACUGAGCUCGCUUGUGACUCCUUUGGAAAGUGUGCCUUUAGGGGAAAAUGGUCCACAUUCAUCAUCAGUUAAUAGUUCAAAACAAAUAGGAAUGGUCCAGAGGAAGCCAGGUCGUGGUGAUACAACCCUGUCAGUUAGUUGUUCUGACAAGAUAGCACGUUGGAACGUUGUUGGCAUUCAAGGAGCUUUGCUUUCGUACUUUCUCCAACCUGUAUAUCUUUCGUCAAUUACCGUUGGUCUUCCACAUACCAGUCCUGAAAAUUUUCAAUUCGAGGAUAACUUGAAAAGAGCUUUGUAUGAUCGUAUUGUACACUUGGAGAAUGCGCUAACAUCUCCAUUUCUAGUGAACCAGCCGCUAUUUCAGGCUGCCCCUGUACCGCCAAACGAUUUUCUGCAAUCUGAGAGUUCUGCUAACAAUUUGACAUGCGGGUAUUCUAUAUGUUGGAAUGAAUGUGGCUUACAUGAAGUCACUCUUGGAACUACCGGAAGAAAGCAAGGCACGUCUGCAAAAGGGGCACUCUAUCCAUCAACGGAGUCGUCUUUAUGCAAAAAGAGGCUGUUAGAGGUUUUCUUGCCAUUGAGAGAAGAGUUUUUGGCCAAGUCCCUGGAUGACGAUAUUACUUACCGAGAACUGAAGGAUGGUGCUGAAGAAUAUCAUUUAGCUUCCAAGAUUUUUAAAGGGAAGCCACCUUUUAGCAACUGGUUCGUGAAACCAUUGGACUGUGAGGCAUUCCCCAUUUCAAAAUAAUAAUACAUUUAAGCUUUGUUUGAGAGCAUGGUUUUGGAGGGAAGGAGACCAGGGGAGGGUUUAUUAUAUUGAUAAUAUCUCAUCGGGUGUGAGUUUUCAAAAAAGAGGAUUUUUGAGAUUUUUAAAAAAUUCUCCAAAGCGCUCUUUUUCGGCUUUUGUUUUUCCUAUUUCCCCAAACCGCUCUUUUUCGGCUUUUGUUUUUCCUAUUUCCCCAAACUGGAUAGUUUAUCCUUCCUUUUAGACAAGGCGAGGGAUUGUCAUAUCUUUCUGUUCCCUUCCCUCUCCUCUUAACUCCCAAACAUAGACUACCUAUCUAAAGCGGAAAGCAUAUUACGCCAAUUGAAAUUCAUGCAAGAAUCCAACUUUUGUUAUAUGAGAAUGUAAGCUCAUUUGGCACCAGUUCUAUUCAAGAUUAUGAAAUCUGGAUUGCACCGUCCGGUUCAACCGGUCUGUUUGGGAAUUUGGCAUAUGUCCGGGCAAAUAAAUUAAUAAUACUCUUUGCAUAAAAACCAGUUCAGAAACAAUUUCACCAGUUUUAUGACAGUUCACAGUUCACAGUUCUCAGUAAUUGUCAUUUUUAAAGCAAUGUGGGACUCAAUCUUCGGUAAUUUGCUUCUUUGGGCAGUUAAAAAUGCAAGUCAAUAUUGGUCUUAGACUUGUAGUAAUGCCCCAUUCUUCAAAUAUUUCUCACGUUUCCUAACAUCUUUGUUCACAGCCUCGACGCAUGGUAGUUGAAUGCGCCAUCCGGAAGUUACGCAACCCACAGUUCAUUUUGUGUGAUAUGUGGUACAGAUAGAUAUUUUAUAUCUAACUGUAGGAAUUUGUUUAAGUCUUAUCUUCCAUUUUCCUUCUAAAUGAUUAGGAAUUUUGAUUCA